GCGCGCGUGCGUGUGCGCGCCUAGACACUCUUCCGUCUCGCGCCCAUAAUUCUCCGGUGCCGUCGCGGCUCAGAGCCCCCGGGGGCGCAGCUCCAUUCAUCGCAUCGCCACCGAGCCGCGCGAGGACGAAGAUGCAUGUGCUCGAGCUGAGCGUGUGCUUGGCCGUUACCAGCGCCAUCGCAGCUGCCAACGCCGUGCACGCGGAUCUCAACGGCACCGUGGAGGCGGAUGGAGCGCGAGGACAAACGACGCUGGGCGACAUGUUCAGGGAGGUGGAGGAGCUGAUGGAGGACACGCAGCACAAACUGGAGGACGCGGUACAUCAGAUGGACAAUGAAAGUGCAAAAUCCAGCCAGCAUGUCCAGAACUUCGCCUCACAUUUCAACAACGAAAGCAGUUCAGAGAUUGUUCUCGGAAAUCAAUCCACCCCUGCUGUGGGGAAGAUCGAUAAGAUUUUAGAGAAUAGAACUGAGGAGACUCACAUCUCCAGAACCAUCAUCCAGACCAACGGAAAGGAAAAUGAUACUAACCAUGAAUGCGUCAUUGAUGAGGACUGUGAAAAGGGCAGUUAUUGUCUAUAUGAGGUGAACCACUCCAAAUGUCUGGCCUGCAAGGAGGUGAAUGCGACUUGUACAAAAGAUGAGGAGUGCUGUGAGGGUCAGCUGUGUGUGUGGGGUCAGUGCACGAAGAACACCACCAAAGGAGAAGCAGGCACCAUCUGUGCAUACCAAAGCGACUGCAGCAGCGGUCUGUGCUGUGCUUUCCACAAAGCUCUGCUCUUUCCAGUGUGCAUCUCCAAGCCGACCGAGCGUGAGCGCUGCCUUAUCUCAGCCAGUCAUCUAAUGGAUCUGUUAUCAUGGGAUUUGGAAGGCGAGGGGCCAAGAGAGCACUGCCCCUGCACUGGGGACCUACAGUGCCAACAUCUGGGCCGUGGCUCCUUGUGCUUGAAAGGCCAGAGCUCCAGCGAAGAAGACCUGACGGACACACUGUACUCCGAGAUCGACUACAUCGUCUAAACACUGAAGCGGAAUCUGCUCAGGUAGAAGAGCCAAUCGGAGGGAUGAUAGUGAUCCUCUAGUAAUCUGUGCUAUACUUUAAUACUUAUUACCCUUCUAAAAGUCUUUAGCAGUGAGCUGUGCACUCAUUAGGAAAUCAAUACCUGGUCAUAGUUUGACCUCCAUAAACCUAAAGCUACAGCUAGAUCUCCAUAAUGUGCUUCAACUAAUGCUGAAACUUAUAGGAAAGACCAAGACCAUGGCUAAAAUAGUAGAUCUUAGCAUGGAUAGUGUCCAUAUGUUAUAGCCCAAGAGGGGCUCAGGGAGAGAAGUAAUUGUAUAAAAAUCUAUAUAUCUAAGGCUACAUGGUGGGUCAUUGGCAUUAAAGCUGAAUUCCACUAAUUGUUUGAAAUUUCUGUAUAAUUCAAUUCUUAUGGUGUAAACAUCAUCGUCCAGAGAGGUUUGCUGUGAAAUGCAACAUUUUAAAGAAACUCAAGAGACUCAGAAUCACUCACACUGGUGUUGAUAGGAACCAGAAGUCUAAAAUGUUUAACGCCUCUAAAAACUCCCUCAAUUACAUAAAAUGGCUAUGAAUACACACGAUAAGGUUUGAACCUAGAAAAAGAAAAAAAAAAUUGUUACAAUACAUGUGUGUUUAUUUAUUUAUUUUUGUUAUUAUUUUAUGGUGGCAAGAUACUGUAGGGUAUUGAGGCAAAAUAGUCCCCAAAGAAUUCCCACCAUUACCAUCAUCAACAUUACAUAUAAAACUCAGAACACAUGCAUAAGUUCAGUGGUCAUUCUGGUUAGUAAAGAAAGUGGCUAUGCUUGUGUUGUAGACAUCGUACCCUCUGGUUCCCAUCACUACCACUGUAAAGAAACCAGAGUCAGUAUGUUUCCGUACAGUGAACCAUUUCACAUCAGAACACUUCAUAUCAACAAAUUAAUUAUGCAGGAACUUUUUAAAAAGUGGUGGAAUUCCCCUUUAAAGAAUGAGAACUACAGAAUUGUGUGUCCCUGUUUAUAACCAUCAGCUAGAUUGAUUCAGACUCUCCAAAGCAGCAUACUCAUACAAAUGUCAAUACUGUGAAAUGAAACCUUGCAGAAGUGAAUAAAAUGUGGAAAUGU